UUCAUUCAUUUUAAACACACACACCACAGGUCGAACGAGGAGCAUACACACCGUAACCGAACCGAAAUAAUAUCGAUAAGUUGCUAUAGUACGAUUUUGUAUGAUUUAAUAGAUUGCUUCUGCAAUGAUUUGCUUAUCCCGUCUGGCCGUAAUAAAUCUGGGCACCGUUUGGCGCCGAUCUGCAUCGUCGGAGGAGUCCGAUACCAAAGCCAAGGUGAAAGCACCUGUGACUUCAAGGGACUUCCAGCGACCCCUUACACUGCACACAAGAAGGGGUUACAUCAAAUGGUUCAAGAGGUCUUCCCGCUCCUUGCAGGGCAGAAUGUCCUCCCAUUAUCCAAGGAAUUAGAGAUCUGAUCCUCCGAGGAGCAGAUCCCAUUAACAGCAAGCGACGAUUGGCAAUUAAAACUGCAUCUGGUGUGGAGAUUAGCUCACGUCGCGGUCUUAUUAGUGACCCAUUUAUUUUUUAGUUUUGUUUUCGAAGCCGCUCAGCUGGGAGCCGGUUGUGCCGGCCAAGUUGCGAAUGUUGGUCAGUGGAGCGACAGCCACUGCUGGCCUGGCCUGGUAAAUGGCCGCUUUUCCAGACUCGCUUUCAUCGUUUUUUCCAGGCUUUUAUCUCUGGCCACAGGCAAAUUAGUCAAAUGGUAACAAUUAUAUAAUAAUCUAGUUAUAUUCGGACACUAUGCCGCUGCUUCACCGAGUGUGUCCCGGCGAGAAGUGGGCGUUGCAUCGGGCUGCCUUUCACUUUUUCUGGAUCGGAUCAAACCAGGCCGGACCGGGCAUGGCCAGCUGUGCCAGGAUAUAUAUCAAGCGGCACGAUUAUACAAUGCUUCGAUGCUGGAUCGGCACGUAAUUAGUUGCCGGGGACGAAAAUAAAACUACACAGAACCAAAUAUAAUGUACUAAUGUCAUAA